AUCGCCGGCCUCCGGCCUCACGGAGACGUAGCCGAUUGAGCGAUCGCGGAGGCAGAUCGAGCGGCGCCAUGGAUGAGGAAUGGCCACUUGUUGGAUGUGCGCUAGGGCUUCUUCUCUGGAGGUGAUGGUGUUCCAUCUCAGGGUUGACAGAAAUUCCCAAUCUUGCCCUCUGUAAGUCUAACUAACCCCUCCGUCGCAUCGUUAUCGUCAUCUCCUCCUCCGAUCGCCGUGGUUCCGCCGGAAACCGCCGCCGUACUCACGUAUGUCUGUCUCCGUCGCGGUUCCGUCCGCCUCUCUCCGUCGCGAUCCGAGUUCCGAGCGUUUGUUAGAUUCUGGAUUCCGAAGGGGGGAUGAAGAUACUGCAGUAUCCAGUAAAGCAGCCCCAAUCAAGAAAAAAUAUGCUAUCAACACCAUGAAAUGCUUCGGGGUCGAAUUAUCCCCAGAUAACAUUGCUGUUGCUAUGGUAUAUUUUGUUCAGGGUGUUUUGGGCCUAUCCAGGAUUGCAGUCAGUUUCUACUUGAAAGAUGACCUGCAUCUAGAUCCUGCGGAGACAGCCGUCAUAUCUGGUGUGUCAUCAUUACCUUGGCUUGUCAAACCCCUGUAUGGAUUCAUUAGUGACUCCGUGCCGCUUUUUGGCUAUCGAAGAAGGUCAUAUUUGGUCUUAUCAGGACUUCUAGGAGCUCUUUCAUGGAGUUUGAUGGCUACCUUUGUCGCCAGCAAAUAUGGUGUUGCCUUUUGCAUACUUCUUGGAUCGCUUUCUGUAGCCUUUUCAGAUGUAGUUGUUGACUCUAUGGUUGUAGAAAGGGCUCGUGGUGAAUCACAAAGCAUGUCAGGAUCUCUUCAGUCUUUAUGCUGGGGUUCGUCUGCUUUUGGAAGCAUUGUGAGUUCUUACUUCAGUGGAUCCUUGGUGGGUACAUAUGGUGUCAGGUUUGUCUUUGGAUUGACAGCUUUGCUUCCCUUGAUAACAUCUGCAGUUGCAGUCCUUGUGAAAGAGCAGCCAGUAGUUGGCUCGAUGAGGGGACCUAAUACUUCGUCGGACAGUAACACUGGCUUUAUAGCAAGCUCCAAAAGUAGCAUAAUGCAAUUGUGGAGCGCUGUAAAGCAACCCAAUGUAUUACUUCCGACCUUAUUUAUUUUCUUGUGGCAAGCGACACCACACUCUGAAUCUGCCAUGUUUUAUUUCACUACAAACAAACUCGGUUUCACCCCUGAGUUUCUGGGACGUGUAAAGCUCGUCACUUCUGUUGCAUCACUGCUUGGUGUUGGACUUUACAAUGGUUACUUGAAAACCAUGCGCUUGAGAAAAAUAUUUCUAGCUACUACCUUUAUUGGUUCAACCCUUGGGAUGACACAGGUUUUGCUUGUCACUGGAUUGAACAGACGGUUUGGCAUUAGUGAUGAGUGGUUCGCGAUUGGGGACUCCUUGAUUUUGACAGUUCUUGGACAAGUGUCGUUCAUGCCUGUUCUCGUAUUAGCAGCUAAACUAUGCCCGGAGGGCGUGGAGGCUACUCUUUUCGCGACCCUCAUGUCAAUUUGCAAUGCUGGGAGUGUGCUUGGAGGUCUGAUGGGAGCUGGACUAACUCAACUCCUUGGUGUCACAAAGGAUAGAUUUGAUAAUCUUGCCCUUCUCAUUAUUCUCUGCAAUCUCAGUUCAUUGUUGCCUUUACCACUACUCUGCCUCCUCCCUGAAGAUAUAGCCGACGUUGAUUCGAAAGAGGGCGACGACAUUGAGAUGAAAUCUAAUUGAAUCUGGUGUAACUGUUGCUGCAAGAAUAAUAACAGCAGGUGGAGGAGACCUAUAGCUGUAGUCAGAAAAAUGAUGUCUUGGAAUUUUGAUGGUAUAUUCAAGAAACUUAUUGGGGGAUGAUAUAACUUAAUCAUCUCACUCCCCCCUUGUGAUGUUGUAUAUUGUACAAAGUUAUUUUAUCAACUUAAGCAUCUUCUUCCCUUGA